AUGGCCUUCUUCAAGUGUUUCAAGAAAGGCACCGUUACUAUUCUUGAGGAUGAAAGUGAUGACAGGGACGAAGGUACCACAUUGCUUAUAGGUGCGCCGCUCUUAGCUUCGGAGGUAUCAGAGGUGGACAACUCUCUUCAUAUUCCGUCUUGGUCCCAAGAGGUGUUUUGUCAACUGAGCAGCUUCAAAAAAUCCAAGUCUACAGGUAGGGACCUUCACUCCACUAUUUUACAAUUAAAAUCCUCGCAUCAUACAGAGACCGAUUCAUUAGGGGCAUUCGAACUUCUUAGCGAUCGAAUCCAUAAUGGAGCAGUGAAUUGGGGUUCUGUUCUCCCGACGACUGGUGAAUCUACAUUCACCGAAUAUUACUGGGAAUGGCUUGAAGAUGUGCUAAGUAGAAAUACUCAGGUUCUUAAGAGCGCCGGUUUAUAUAAUGCUGUGUUUGCCUCAUUAUUUAGCUAUGAUCGACAUGCUCCAGUCGUCCGAGCCUUUUGCGAGUAUUGGUGUCCUGCAACAAAUACUCUUCAUACGUCACAAGGAGAAAUGUCCAUUUCCCUUUGGGAUCUCCAUGAAAUCGGUGGUCUCCCUAUUACAGGUCGCUUUUAUGAUGAGGUUAUUCCAUCCGCUGAGAGUCUUAACAGGAAGGACCAUAAAGGCGUGUCUUAUAUCCCACACAUUUGUCGCUACUUGUUCCUAGCAUAUCACAAAAUUUUACAGGAUUCUAAGGGGAAAUCUGGAGUGAGAAUGACUGCUUGGAUAAAGUACUGGUAUUGA